AUGGAUCGACUACAGCUCUCCGUGUGUAUCCAUGAGACGGCGCUAGCUCUCGUGCGAGAGGAGCGUCUCGACACGCUGCGUGGUCUAAUCACUUCCCUGCUGUGCCUAAAUGGUACAAAUAGUGACGCGUCGCUUCGGCCCACAGUCGCAUAUGAUAUGCGCAGCGUGAUCCACGUACCGCAUAUGGCGACAAGGCACGUUUGCCAC